UCAAUUUUGUCGAUUGAUGACAUUGACAUCUGUCAAAUCCAAAUUUUGUAUACAAAGUAUUAUUGUUAAUUUAAUUACAUUGAUUGGCAAAAGAAAAUGCUAUUAUCCUUGUAUUAAAACAUCAAGUUGAGAUUGUUUAAAAUAUUUCAUUUGGUUGUUUUUUAGUAAUAUUUUUCAGUUAUUUAUAUGCAAUGGACGACUCAGUCCAACACUGUACUGAUAUUACAAUACGUCCAAUUACACCAAAAGUACAAAAUAAAAGCGGAAGGCCAGUUAAAUCAAAAAAUGUCCAAUUUGGACCACAACCUCUGUCGAUUAUUUCUCAGUUACUUCGAAAAAAUGUAACUAACAUAGUUAAGCAUAAUAAUAUUACUGUUGAAGCAACAAACAAUAUUGAGGAUGAUAAAAAAGUUGAAGAAACCGAUUAUUUAUGUGUAAUAUGUUCAUUGAGAAUGAGUGAUAAAAAAGAAUAUAAAAAGCAUUUAAAAGUUCAUAAAAAUUAUUCCUGUAAAUAUCCUGAAUGUAAUUAUACUACAAGAUUAUCAUCAAAUUUAAUAAAGCAUAAAAGAAAACAUACAUCAGAAAAACCUUUCUUAUGUGACCAGUGCACUUUUCGGACAAAUUUCAUAAACUCUUUGAAGGUUCAUAAAAGAAUUCACACAGAAGAACGACCUUAUGCUUGUGAACAUUGUAGUUACAAAUGCAACAGUAGUUCUAACUUAAAAAAACAUUGCCAUUAUCGGCAUUUGAAAACCAUUUCUUAAUUAAUAUUUUUAAUGUAGUCUAUUGUAUGUAAAUAAUUGUUAUGUUGUAAAUAUAUCAAUAAGUUAAA